UUUAAAACAAAAUGGAAGAUAGAGAAGACAUGGCUCCCUUAUUUGGGGAGCCAACUCAGAGAGUCUCUUUACAUAUCUCAUGACGAAAUCUGAAAGAUUUAGACAUAGUCACUGUCUCUGAUCCAGUUUGACAUUUUUAUUAUCAAGAUCCAAAUGAAGGUAAAGAGUGGAAAUUGUAUGGAAAAACAGAACAAAUCGAGAACAAUCUAAAUCCCCAGUUUGUCACUUACUUCGAAGUUGACUACUACUUUGAGAGAAUACAGAAGAUCAAAUUUGAAGUAUUUGAUGUGGACUCCACCCGACUCGAAAGAAUUGGUAAUUAUGAAACUACCUUAGGAAAAAUUAUGGGUUCUCCUAAAAAUUCACUGACAGGAAAUCUCACCAUGCCUGAUAAGACCAGAUCAAGGGGCUCAAUAACUAUUUGUGCUGAGAAGAUCUCUGCCAAUAAUGACAUCGUUCAUUUUGGGAUCGAUAUAAUCAAUCUGAAAUCGAACAAAGGUCUCUUGUGUGGUAGUGAUAAUCCUUUCAUUUACAUUGAAAGACAAAGAAGUGAAGAUCAUCAUGAGUUCAUCAAAGUAAUUCAGGUUGAACCGAUAAUCGGUAGUUUAAAUCCUACUUGGGAAAAUCUCAAGUAUGAGGUAAGAGAGAUUUGUAACGGAGAUCCUAAGUUAAAGCUGGUAUUUAAGGUGUACUCGUGGAAAAACAGCGGAUAUCAUAAGUAUUAUGGGCAUUUUGAAACCACUCUUGAAGAAAUUAAGGGAGGAAAAAGGGAGUUCAGUCUUUGUGAUAUCAAUAAUCAACCUGUUUACAACUCGGAAAAACAAGAAUCUACCUUGAAAUUUAAAAACUUCAAUUUGGAGGAAAGAGCUUCAUUUUAUGAUUUCCUACAUUCAGGAUGGAAGAUGAAUCUUAGUGUUUGUGUUGACUUCACAGCAUCAAAUGGAGAAGUGACAGAGCCUAGCUCGCUUCAUUACCUCAAUCCCACUGGAGAGGUUAAUGACUACCAAAAUGCAAUCAGACAAGUGGGAAAUAUCCUAGAGCUGUAUGAUUACAAUCGGCAAUAUCCUUGUUACGGAUUUGGAGGCAUCCCUCGGUACAGCGGAUCAAACCAAGUGUCUCAUUGCUUUCAUUUGAAUGGUCUUGAAGACCCCGAAGUAGAUGGGGUAAAUGGAAUUUUAGAAUCUUAUCAAUUUUCCCUUCUUAACUGUGGAUUGUACGGACCAACCAAUUUUGGAUUAUGCCUUAAGAAAACUCUCAAUUAUGUAAAAGAAAGAAUGGAUGAUAGAAUGUAUCAUAUCCUUUUGAUAUUGACAGAUGGAGAUAUCCACGACAUGCCCUUGACUAAAGAUUACAUUGUAGAAGCUAGCCACUAUCCAAUAAGCAUCAUCAUUGUAGGACUUGGAGAAAGUAGUUUCGACCUCAUGGUUGAACUCGAUGGAGAUGAUGUAGUUCUCAAAAAUUCAAGAGGCGAUCCUACUAAAAGAGACAUCGUCCAAUUCGUAAAGUUCAAUGACUUCAAACGUCAAAGUUCUCAAGCAUUGGCAGAGGAGGUGCUCGAAGAAGUCCCUGAACAGGUGGUGUCAUACUUGUAUCAAAACAAGGUGAAUUUAGAGGUUGAUUAAAUUAUAACUUAAGAAGAAUUUCAAAUGAA